AUGGUCUCUCUUCAAUCGUUGGGCCUCAUCCUUGCCCUUUAUGGGCUCGGAAUUCAGGCAGCGCCAUCCCAACAAGCACCGGCAGUCGAGCAUCAUGAAGUCUCUAUCUUAGACUUAGUUCGCAAUGGUACAGUCACGGAUAGUGGCACUGUCGAUGAGGCAUACAAGCACUCAUUGCCUGAACCGAACCUGGAUGACCACUUUGAGGUUGACGGUAUCACCUUCUACAAUUUCCCAGAAGGAGGCGUCGCCGUCCCUUCUGAUUUCUGGGAUGAACGUGACAUCUCUUUCCACAAUGCAACCAACUCCUCUAGCCUAGAGACCAGACAGAGCUCUAUUACUUCGUGUGGACCUUGCAAAUGCUCUUACAACCAGCAAGUCUGGUAUGAAUGGCAAACUCAGAACUGGAAUACAGUCAGAAGCAACACCCAUCAGAUCUCCGACACCCUCUGCCCGCCUGGUAGCAUUUCGAAGACUUAUACUAAGUCAUACUCUUACCAAGUUUCCGUCCAAGCAGGCCCAGACUUGAAAAUUGGCCUAGGUGUGCUAGAAAAAUUCGCCCUUCGUGUUGGCUACGCCUAUACCUGGGGGAAGGCUGUGGCAACCUCCUACGGCGUCUCGUGGACCGUGCCAGGUCAACAACAUCCUUUCAUCGCAACGUUCCGGCCAAACGUCUUGGUGGCGAAUGGAAUUGCUCGAGCACACUAUGUUGAUCACUACUACAAUAACAAGGCCUGCUCUGUUAGCGACUGGAGUCACAUGAUGGCAGCUCCUGUGGUGCUGAUGUCUCUUGUCUUUUUCGACACACCGCACCACGGAGCUGGUCUUGCUAAAUGGGCCGAGGUCGUGUCCCGUUCAAUCGGCCUCGUCAAGCAAACGAAUGCCAAUAUCGUCGAUGUCCUCAGACGCGAUUCCGAAGUGCUUGCACGUAUUCAAGACGGCUUUUACACAAUGGUCAAGGCGUGCAGCCUGGUAGAACCGCCAGCGAUUGAGGUCACUUGCUUCUACGAAGAGCUGCUCGUGCUUGGAUUUGGUUUAGUUGUACCACAAGAUUCGCCCAUCCUGCCAGGUUACAUCCCCAUCAGAAUCCACAGCAACCAUAUGGAUAUGACGAAGUUCGCCAAUGUCGAUGACCCUGGGUUUGUUACUGUUUAUGGAGAGCAGCGUCGGUGGAUUAUAGACACAGAUGCAAACAAGAAACGCCACACAAAUCCGUCACUUUCUGAGCAGGUCCCCCAUCCCAUCCGGCACGAUGGCGCAGAUAAUAAACCAUUUGCACUUGUGGACCCAGUGACGGUACCAUCUGUGGCCCCCAAGCACUACUGCACGACCGGCCGCGCCAAGCUGCUCCCCUCCAAUCAAUCACCGAAGCUGCAACUUGGCACAUUUGAUUACUUCUAG